AUGGCGAUGCGCGACCUCGUUGCGGGUGCCGCCGCUUGCGGCGACUCUUCUUCUUCUUCCGGUAACCCUCUCGCUUCCCUCGCCAACGCCCUUAUUGGCUCUUCCUCCAAAACUCAGGAGAGGCUGAAGGAGAUUCCCACGUCCACUCCCACUGACCCUGCCUCGCAGUUUUACUCCACCGCACUCCCUGCCAAUCACCUUCCCGGCUCCGAAUUCGAUAAGCCUCUGUUGGAAGCAAACUCUCAGGCUUCGGAGUUUUUGCAUAGGUUCCGUGGCGCAAGUGGGCUCGAGGAGACUUGGGAUGAGAUUCAGCGCGAGGGCGGGUUUGCCGGACCGCGGCAACUGGUGCCGGCGGUUCAACAGCCGCCAAGUGCUGUAAUUAGUGGUGGUUGUGCUGUGGACUUGAUUUUGUUACUUGGAUGCAUGGAGAUACUGAACAUAGAAGAAGAGCUACGGAUGCCUUUUCAUCCUACCCCUCUUCCGAUGCUGGGUUUAUCUGAAGGUGAUAAACAAUGCAUACGCGACCGCAGCAGCAUAAUGGCCAGGCAUCUCUUUGCAGAUAAAAGUGAAGAAUUUAUUGAUGCCCAAAUGGGCUUGGGAAUUGGUCCUGUAAAUGCACUUCUAUGCUCUCUAGAUAUUGACAGCAAUGUCCGAGGUAAGGGACCCAUGCCUGAAAGAUUUCGGGAGCUUGAGGAUUACUGGAAUGAGUCUCAAGGCAAUAUGAGACCUGGUCCUCCUCCUGCAGAUGGGUGGAUUACUGAGUUUAGUCAACAUAGGGGGAAAUAUGACAAUCCUGAUUCAUGGGCUAGCUCAUUUGAGCAACAGCAUGGUGCGAAUGGUUGGGUGUCUGAAUUUGAACAUUCCCAAUUGUCAUCAGUGGACCAAAUGCAAGGUAUGAACAUGUCAAACUUUGCUGCAAUGGAACAGACUCGUAUGCUUGCAAACACGUUGGCCCAAAAUGGUGACCCUAAAUUUCAGCUAUUGCUUGUGUCUGGGGUUUUAAUUGGAGCUUUUUCAAAGAGGAACUGGAACUCAAAAUUCCUUCAAUUUGUAUCAAAGAUGAGCCGUGGUGAGUUGAUUAUUGAUGAUAAUCAAGUGAAAGAGAAUGCAUUACCUGCUUCUGGAGAUUGGGCAACAGAAUAUGAUCAGCAGUAUAAUCAUGGCCAUGCAUGGGCUGGAGAAUUUUUAAAUGAUAAGGCAUGUGCUAGAGCACGGAACAAUAUUAUUUUGCAUGUUUAUCAUGGACCUGACCAGUGGGUGAAUGAAUUUACAACUAAAGGAUUGCAGCAUGAUGCAGUUGAUGACCAGUGGGUUGAUGAAUUUUCAAAGUUGAAUGUUAGUGAUUGGGCAGAUGAAUUUGGUCAGAAGUUUGGAGAGGCAGCCUUAGGAGAUAGCACUUCUGAUAGUUGGGCACAGGCUUAUGAUGAGUUCCUAAAUGAGCAAGUUUCUGCCAAGCAGAAGUUAGACAGUUCGAGGGGUGUGUAUGUCUUUUCAGAUUUAAACCCUUAUGUUGGUCAUCCAAAUCCACUAAAAGAAGGCCAAGAUCUAUUCAGAAAAGGACUUUUAAGUGAAGCAGUUCUAGCAUUGGAAGCGGAAGUCUUAAAAAAUCCUGAGAAUGCUGAAGGGUGGAGACUGCUUGGAAUAGCACAUGCAGAGAAUGAUGAUGAUCAACAGGCUAUUGCAGCAAUGAUGCGUGCACAGGAGGCUGACCCGACAAAUCUGGAAGUGCUUCUCGCACUUGGUGUUAGUCAUACAAAUGAACUAGAGCAAUCGGCUGCUCUGAAGUAUCUAUAUGGAUGGUUGCGCCACCACCCAAAAUAUGGAACACUUGCCCCACCUGACAUGUCCGAUUCCUUGUACUAUGCUGAUGUUGCUAGGUUAUUCAACGAAGCUGCUGAACUCUCUCCUGAUGAUGCAGAUGUCCACAUAGUUCUUGGGGUCAUGUAUAACUUAUCCAGAGAAUAUGACAAAGCCAUUGCAUCUUUUGAAAGAGCACUGAAACUUAAACCACAAGAUUACUCAUUAUGGAACAAACUGGGUGCUACACAAGCAAACAGUAUUCAAAGUGCUGAUGCAAUAAUGGCUUAUCAACAGGCACUGGAUUUAAAGCCUAAUUAUGUUCGUGCUUGGGCAAAUAUGGGUAUCAGUUAUGCAAACCAGGGUAUGUAUGACGAGUCCAUUCGAUAUUAUGUUCGAGCACUUGCCAUGAAUCCAAAAGCAGAGAAUGCAUGGCAAUAUUUGAGAAUUUCAUUGAGCUGUGCUUCUAGGAAUGACAUGUUGGAAGCUUGUGAUAGUCGAAAUUUGGACCUUCUCCAGAAGGAGUUUCCACUGCAGUAA